AAACAGUAGUAGAUUAAAAAUCGGAGGAGAGAGACAGCGAAGGAGCGGAGGAGCCGAGGCGGGGGGAGGGAGGCCAUGAUGCCGCCGGCGAUAAGCUUGGCUCGCUCUCCGACGUCGUCCGCCUCCGCUUCUCCUCUCUACCCCGUCCGCCGAUCCGCCGCAGUCGCCGUCCGGCACCACCGCUGCCCGUCCUUCGCCACCAAACCCGCUGCAGGAGUUUGCUGUGCCAGCCCGGCGGUUGAAUUGUUGCCAUCUUUGAGCCCAGACAUCCUGGUUCGAGAUGCGCGGCUAGAGGAUUGCUGGGAAGUAGCUGAUACUCAUUGCAGCUCGUUCUUUCCAGAUUACACUUUUCCACUGGACCUUGUUCUACGUAUUGAUCGUUACAUUGCCCUCCUAUCCGGUUUUUCGGUUCCACCUGGCUGCAUGAGAACUUGCCUUGUCGCCGUUAACAGUAAUUCGCUUAGUAGAAGUAUCAGCAUUGAAUGUGGAGAUUUAAGAGAUGCUGACUUCCAAGAAAAACACGGUCUCAGUAAGGCCUCCAUAGCUGGCAUUCUUACAGUAGACACGGUGGCAGACUAUCUUCCCAGAAGAGGGCCUCUCAAGCAGAGAAGAACAGGUAUUGCAUAUAUAGCAAAUGUUGCAGUCCGAAAGGAAGAACGUCGUAAAGGAAUCGCUAAAAUGCUUGUUGCAGAAGCAGAGGAGCGAGCAAAGAGUUGGGGUUGCCGAUCCAUGGCAUUACAUUGUGAUGUAAACAACAUUGCUGCGCUGCGUCUGUACAAAAAUCUAGGAUACAAAUGCAUCCAUGUACCAGAAGAUGCUAAGUGGCCAGAACCUAAGAUAGCAAAAGGAGUGCGAUACAACUUUAUGAUGAAGCUAGUACCCAAGAUGUAGUGUAUAUGAUCAGAACAGAGAAACUGAGACACAGCUUCACACUUGAAGCUAUUACCCAAGAUUUGAAGUGUAUACGAUCAGAGUAGAGCAAUUGAAACAUGUAGAUACUACAGUGAUGUGCGAGCUCAUUCACUUCACAUGUAUAGUAGCUGUAUAGUGGAGACUGGACAGUACAUUGUAUGGCAUAUAAUUGCUAUGUAUUGUUUUGAAGUAGUAACCAUGACAUCAUUCCUUCACUCAGAGCUCCUGAGAAGUAGCCUGAAGAAGGAAACAAACCAUACAGCUUCCAACAUUAUUUAUUGUUGUUCUCAAUAUAUGAUGAUAUCCCCCUUUUCCCCCUUGGUGGAGCAUAUUCA